AUGCAGCAACAAAAGAGGCAAAAUCAGAAAGGCAAUUCUAUCAAAUUUGAACAGGAAGAAUGGAUUAGUCGGCUGCCAGAUGAAAUCCUUAUUCGGAUUCUAUCUUCAUUGACAGUAAAGCAAGCACAAAUGACGAGUGUUUUAUCAACAAGAUGGAGGUAUUUAUGGACACAUAUAAACUGUCUCAAUUUUGGCUAUAACCGCUCUCCGAAGCGAUCAGAGUAUAUAGAUUGGGUGAACAAAGUCUGCUCGUCAAUCCAGUCUCCAAGAAUCGAAGAGUUCAGAAUGAUUUCUAAUCUGGACGAGAAGGCUAAAGACAAUGUCGACAAAUGGCUCGAUUUCGCCAUGGAAAAGAGAGUUAAAGAUCUUGAGUUGGUUAUGUCGAUGAAUCCCCGCGACCCUGACCGCUACAUUUUUUCCUACCCUGCUACUUUUUCAUCAUACAUUACUAAUAAGCAUUUGAGAUCACUUAAUUUACGGUACGUCAACAUAUCGGGGGCAACUCUUGAGCAUUUUCUUCUCCAUUGUCAAUCAUUGGAGCAAAUAAGUAUCUGCGAGUCCAAAUUUUUGACAACUCUGAAAGUUGGAGGUGGUUCAUAUCCAUUGCUUAAUUUAAAAUCCUUGGAGAUAUCCUAUUGUCCCAUUCUAACAGAUCUUAAGAUUUCUGCUCCAAACCUCUCCAAUUUUCAGUAUCAGGGUCAACAAAUUAGAUUACACGUUGAGAACGCUCCUUUGCUUUGUCAUGUAUAUAUUGGUGGGCAUUCUGGAGAUCGUCUGACUUGGGCAUUUCGGGCACUAUCAAGUUAUCUUUGUCAGCUUCAGACUCUUGUGCUGGGCUUGGGACUGUUUGAAUUUUACAACCCUCCAUGGAUACCCAUGGAAUUUCAGCAAUCAUGGAAAUUAUCUUCUCUAAGAGAGUUGACGGUGAGAGUUUCUGGACGUGAUUGUGAACACCUUCUUUUUAUACUCUUAUUCUUAAAGGCGACUCCUUUUCUUGAGAAAUUAAGAUUGGAGAUGGAGUAUCUCCUAAAUAAGAAUGCAAAGUUACUAGAAGAAAUGACUGACGAGGUAUGCCCACAUAAAUAUCUGAAGGUGUUAGAAAUUAUUGGUUUCACUGCCUUUCCAAAUUUAGUCGAAUUUGUCAAGCGUCUAUCUGGAGCUGCCCCCAAACUUGAGACAGUUAUCGUUGAUCCAUCUCCACCAUGGAAAGCUUCUGACCUUAGCCAAAUAGUAUUUACGAAGCAGUUUGAGCAGCUUUUUGAUAUGCUGCUAAAAUCAGUGAUUACCGAACGGAUUGAAUUUGUCCUUUAA